GCAGAUCUUUCAAAGAUGGGAAAUUCCAAUGAUUCUUUCCGUUUUGUCGAGCCCUGCUUUGGUCUCUGGUUUGAUGGUUGUACGUGCUAAAAAUCCGGUACAUUCCGUUUUGUUUCCCAUCCUAGUCUUUUGCGACACUUCUGGUUUACUUAUUUUGUUAGGUCUCGACUUCUCCGCUAUGAUCUUCCCAGUAGUUCAUAUAGGAGCUAUUGCCGUUUCAUUCCUAUUCGUGGUUAUGAUGUUCAAUAUUCAAAUAGCGGAGAUUCACGAAGAAGUAUUGCGCUAUUUACCAGUGAGUGGUAUUAUUGGACUGAUCUUUUGGUGGGAAAUGUUCUUCAUUUUAGAUAAUGAAACCAUUCCAUUACUACCAACCCACAGAAAUACGACCUCUCUGAAAUAUACGGUUUAUGCCGGAAAGGUACGAAGUUGGACUAAUUUGGAAACAUUGGGCAAUUUACUUUAUACCUACUAUUCCGUCUGGUUUUUGGUUUCUAGUCUGAUUUUAUUAGUAGCUAUGAUUGGGGCUAUAGUACUUACUAUGCAUAGGACUACAAAGGUGAAAAGACAGGAUGUAUUCCGACGAAAUGCCUUGGAUUCUAGGAGGACUACUAUUCAUAUUCAGAACAGAAGGUUCUUCUCCCACAAAGGGGAUGACGCACCUGUCCCCCCCGCUGAUCCGGAAUCCAUUUAAUCUGAUUUGGCAGAGAGAAUAGAAAGGAUUUAUAGGCGGGCCGGGGAGGAGCAAUCUUUAGUAGAAGCCGGGACUACGCCAAGGGAACUUGUAGAUAACGUCCUGCCAGAGGGGGCGGAGCUACCGCUUCUACAAGAAACCUGGGUUCAGUUUGUACGGGACGAGUCACACAGCGAGUUUUGGGUAGAGAUCGAUUCGAUAAUCUGCUAAGGAAAUAUGGGCACGCGGCGCGCGGUGAGCCCGACACCCCCGAUCCCGAUGCUCGAGCCUGAUGCCCCUCAAUCAGGAGGAGGCGACUCAGCGGGGAGCACGGGGGAAGAAAAUUGUCCGGGGGCGGGGAAGGAAAGUAGGAACCUCCGAAGGCCCGCCCGAGUCAAGGAAGCGCAAAAGUUAUUCUGAUUCUGAUUCCGGGGGGGAUGAUGGGAGUGACCCUGCUCCGGAUCCUUCUCCUUUCUUUUGAUUUUGACUAAAAUGAGAGGUGGAGAAAUUGAGUUCUUUUGAGCAGCGUUGUCUGUAGUAGAGUAGCUUUUUUUUUUUUCUUUUACAGAAAGAAGGCGAGGCCCACCUGCCUUCUCUAGGUACUUUACUUGGAAAGGUGUCACCGCCUUCCUUCUUCUCUAGGUACUUUACUUGGAAAGGUAGGUGCGGGAAAGAAGAGCGGGUAUGUGGGCUUCUUUCAAUCGAAACUUUUUUGAAGCCGUCAAACUUUAUCGUUUCAUUAUAGAUGGAUCUAAAACAUUGCGUUGCAGAGUGGAGGCGUGAAGAAGGUUAAGAGAAGCAAGCCAAAGGAAAGAAAAAGCAACUUGAUACAAUAUUGAAGAUAAACACUCAGGAAAGCACUGGGUCAACUGACUCCACUAGCCAGCUUCUGCUUCAGAACUUACUUCAAAGAGGCUGACUUAGCACUUAGCAUAAUGCUUUUGUUCCGGUGCAUAAAAGUAAGUGAGCAGGUGGGUGAGUCCAAAGGUUUUUCCGAAGCGCGAAGGACUUGCAGUUCUAAAAUAGGAAGGGCUCUGUACUCAAAUCAAAGCAAAGUAGUAGUUUCAUAGGUCGUUGUGCUAGAGCUAAGAUUUAUAUGAAAGUGUGAGGGGAAGCCAUUUCCAGCUUCUACUUUCUGCGAACCGGGCUCAUUACCGGCCUACAGUAGCAUUCUACUGUGAGCUUUCUCACUGCGGAUCGCCUUGAUUCACUGAUCGUUGACAGCUACUCAGGAGAGGUUAUCCUUUGCCAGACUUUGUGUUGAGAUGAGUUCUCCGCUUCCCGAAAAGAUGAUUUUUGUCAAUCAGCGUAGAGUGGUGGAUUAUAAAGUGGUACAGUCCGAAUGGGUUGGUUCAAGCUAGCUGUUCUUACUGAACAGGUGUUUUAGCAUUCUUUUCGAAUUCGAAGUUGCGGGGUGCUUUGGCUUUUCAAAGUUCUCAAAGAGAAUAAAGUAAAGGCGCUACGCGUGGAUCGAAUUAAAGUAACGUAAGGUUUCGUAAGAAACAAUUGAAUAAGCGUAUCAAAGAGAAUGAGGUCUAGCACUCCGAAAUACCAUUGAGAAAGAGCAAUAGAACAAGGUUAGAAUAAGAUCUCCAAAAUGGUUGAUGACUCCCACAACUUGUCAGGCUGCAUUCCCGUGAAAUUGUUUUGGGACAAUUCCAGUUUUACUAUCUAUGCGGUAGCUCAGCCAAGUAAUCUGGUAUCUCACCAUUAAGACGGUUACCUAGCAAGUUCAGCUCUGUGAGGUUCUUGCAUCCUUUAAAUGAAUGUCUCUAGAAUACUCCCAGUCAGAUUGUUAUUGUGCAAUAUGAGUGACUGCAGAGAGUUGGCUUGACAUAUCUCGGCUGGGAUAGAAUAGAACCUGAGAGCUGGUUGGUUUCUGCAGAGAAACUAACAAGAUGCUGCAAUGGCAGCGCUGGCAGAGGCCCACGGAACAUGUUUUCUGCAAGAGAUAUGGAUCGAACACUCGCCCUGUUCCGUAUCCAAUCUGGAAUAUGACCCGUAAGUUUGUUCCCUUCAACGAAAAUUGUGGCAAUAGCUUCUAAAUCUGCAAGUUCUUCAGGGAUAGAGCCUGUGAAGGCAUUGAAGGGACGGACAGAUUUUUGAGCGUAAGCUUCUUGCAGUUACUAAGCUCUUUUGGUAUGCUCCCACUGAGCCCAGCACCUUUGCAAACAGCCGAGUUAGAUUGCCCAGCUCACCGACAGAUGUUGGCAGUUCAGCAUUGAAGUAGUUCUCUGAUAUAUAAAGUUCCUUCUUUUGAGACCACCAAUUGACCAAGGGAUGGUGCCUGUGAACUUGCAUCCGGGGAGUUGAAGAACUUUUAGCAGCUUCAGGUUACCAAUCUCUUCUGGAAUGCUUCCACUAAGACCAUUCUGUCUCUAAAUUAGCAAUUCCUUAUUUUCCAGUUGACCAAUCUCCCUAGGUAUUGGCCCCACCAAACUGUUUGAUGAGAGAUCAAGUGUCAACUGGUUCACCAACGCAGUUAUUCCCGGGAAUAUUUAUCCCGUGAGGUUAUUCUGGCUUGCAUCAAGGUGCUAGAGCCGAGACUGGUUACCAAAAGCAGCUGGUAUCGACCCGUUGAAUGUGUUCAUGUGAAGGUCCAGGAUAUCCUCGAGGAUGAAGGCCAGAUCACGCCCAAUUCGAUCCUUGAAAGACCCAUUGCACUACAGCGGCAGCUCGGGCUCGAGCAACGGCGGGAGAUAAGUCUUCUCUUCAUUCAGCAUUCAGUCUAUCUUCGGAAAGCAGCAAUAAUUGAUGCACGCAGACGAUGGUUAAAUGCUUUCUUGAUUUACUACUAAUAGGUGGUGUCUAGACGCUAGGAAAAAGUGAGGAUUAUAGCUUCUGCCCCAUAGACCAUUCGGAAAGGAGUCUGUCCCUUCGGUCUUAUAUGUUAGUAUAGGUUGGUUCUUCCGAAUGCACAUAAGACCACUGGUCACCCUCAAUCCUUAGCAUUGAACUUGACUGAUUUGGCUAAGAUCUGGGGAACUAGAGCAGUCCCCAGAGGGCACUACACAAGGCAGGAGAGGCAAUAGCGAAGCGAAGCCCUAGUUCAAUCGAGGAUGGAUUCAUUGAGUGGGCGAGGAAGAUGAUUGGUAUGGGAAGAUCGGUCUUUCACUAAUGGAGCAUCUCCACCCUAGCCUUGAAGUUGAACAUCCGGGGAUAUCUAAAUAUUGAACCAGUGAUUAAAAAGAAUGGCAAGACUGCGGUUGAAGUCCCAGCUGGAAAUCCAAAUUGCUCGAACACAAAAAAUCUAGACAAAGGAAAGAAACCUGGUUUGCAUAUUUUCGUAUAUGCCCAACUAAUCUAUCGCAUAGGAAGAUCGCCCCUGUAAGUUUAUUUCACACAUUAUGUUACUUUGUUUAUGGUGUGGAAAUAAAUAUCAAUAUUCUAACUUGCCGCUUUCUAUGGAUGCAUCCUCUACUCUAGUGCUUACCUGUCCUACUUUCUUUAAUUCAUUCCUAUUUCCUCUCCUGUACUUAUAUUUAUCUUGCCUGCGGCAGUUUUGUAAUCAAUUUCUACUAGGGAUAGGGAGCGUGAACUUUCUCUCAUCCAGUGAAUGAGUUACCUGAAGAUCGAUGGCAUAUAAAACGCCCUAAUUCAAUAUAAAAUCUGUUAUUUCACUUUCAAAAUGCCCCGUUCGCACUUGCUUGAGUGAGGCGCAAGCCGUUUUCUUGCUAGGCAAGAUAGGUCAACGGAUAGCUUGUUGGUUGAUACGGGACCCCUUCUCAACUUCAUGUGUUUUGUAACUGCCAUAAAGCAAGGCCAUAGUCCAACAUUCCAUCCUUUUCCACCGCUGUAUUGGCUUCUGCUUCUCUUCCUUUUGCCGAGGAAGAUCUGCUUCUCUUGCAUCCUCCAGUCUUAAAUUCCUAUCCGUACUAGACUAGACCUUCCCUUAGCCAUCAACCUACCGAACCCAGGAAUGAGAUCCACAAGGAAAGAGAUUGGCAGAAAUCCAGAAAGAAUGAUGCACAAGAAAUGGUUAGAACCUCGAGAAUAGAUGCGAAUAGCAGCUCAGAUCAGAUCCGAGAUGGAGCAGCAAUAAAGCAAAGAGGAGCAGAAAGGUUCGAAUCGAAUCGCAAGCAGCUGACUAGAGAGAGAUGAGUUGAGAAAUAAAGACUAUCCAAAUAUUGGAUAAGUUGUUUCGUAAUUCAUCUUUGUCAUUGACUUCGGCCUCUCAUUUAUCCUUAUUUGGUAGCUGAGAAGUGAAGCACAACAAAGUUUUAAUAGAUCUCUUCCUGUCAUUCAAUAACCAUCCUUUAUUUUUGCAGUAUAGAGAAGUGAUUAGCCGGUGCCCAGGAUAAGGUAGUGGAACUGGUGCGUAUCAGGUUUGGCAUUAGCUCUUUUGAAUAAUAGAGCUGAGCAGCUAAGAACAGAUAGCAAUCUGGAACAGCUCUGAAAUGCAAAUAAAAUGAUGAUUGGUCCUAGCUUAUGGGUUGCGAUAAGACAGUUUCGAAGGUUCUAGCCAUCUCAAGGAAGUAUAUAAGUAGCUAUCGGCACCUUUUGAAGAAGGAGGCUCGGUAGCAGAGAUGUUGAGUAAAGUCUAGAUGACACGAACCCUAGCAGAUCUGCUAUAGCAAAGUGGUAAGUUACCAGCGGUGUCGAUAGAAUAGAAGAGAAGCAUCAGAGCGAGCGUUAUAGAUCAGUCAGCAUUAGCGACAUCAAUUCUGCUACAGUUUUGUUAAAGAAAGGUGAAUACAUUCUAAAAAGUCUAAAACUCAUCUUAUUUCUUAAAGAGCAUAUAACAACAAACGAUUUCACUUACAAGGGGGUGCAGCUGCAGGAACUGGGUGCUGUGCCGCCCGCUGCCUACUUAAUGUUUCGCUUGCCUUCUACACUUCUGCAAUGGGAGUCACCACAUGAGAUGCUAUUUUUCACCUUUCGCUAUUAUUCGCUCUUGCGUGUCUUUGGAGCCCGAUCUUUCCCUUGCUUACGCCCCUAGAAACUCCGUGAAAAAACCACCUCGUUUUUCCAUAAAUAAAGGAUUCCUAAUAAAGUUUUUACAUAUCAUAUCCCAGCGGUAUUUUUUUAAUAAUUUUUGCAUAAAUAAAGUAUAAUUUCCACAAAAUAACACUUUUAGGCGCCCACUUGAAAUUCAACUUAACGUUGGACGUUGACCAGGCCCUCUCUAUUGCCAGAAUUGGGGACUGGCUCUUCUCCACAACUAGAAAACACAGAACUGCCAGAGGUUUGGUCAUAACCAGCACGCACCCUCGCCAAUUUCGUUCUAAGCUCAAUCCAAGAUUGUGAUCGGGUUGCCUUUCGAUAUAACUUGGUUCAAGCUUGGAUCCAGUGGAUAGAUACUUUAAACGAUGGUAGGAACGGGAGCUACCCUGGAUCACUUGAGGAAGUAAGAACGCAAGUCUCUCAGUUGAAAUUAGAUCGUUCCAGGAUAAUAGCUGAAGCGGCUGAGAACUCCCAAAGAGAAGAGAACCAGCUUAAGGAGCAGGUAUCCGGAGUAUCAGCAAGCUAUAAAUAGCUUUAGGAUUGUAUGAAUAGAGUUGAGGAUCAAGUAUCCCUCAUAUUUAGAUCCCCCGUUGGGAAAAGCCCCUUUUUUAAAUCCUUUCACGCUUUCCCUUUGCCGAAGGCCGGCCUCUUUAGUUCCUACGUUUUCGGAAAAGAAGGUGAGACGCUAGCUAGCAACGGGAAAAAACGAGUAGUUAAAGAUGUGAAUGUAAGACUACUCGAAAGUACUUCCAUUUUUAUUAUAUUAUAUAGUUUCUAAUAGAGAGUACAGUUGUAUCUAUGUGCGAAACGACGAAAGAAAGAUGGAAGGCCCAAAGAGCUCUACAGUAGUGCCCCGGAAUGGGGUCGUAGAGCCGGUAACCCACUCUGUUUAGUAUUUUGAUUUCGUUCAAGGUGUUGCUCUGUCAAAUAGAGAUUGUGUGGGUGUUCAGUCUACCACUCAUGUUCACGUUCUACAAAUCUAAGGGAGUGCUCCUAGACUGGACGACUUCCCGUAAAUAACCUAGUUCAUGUUCCUUUGAAAGAAAUAAAAUGAAAGCUUUUGAAGCGAAGAUGUCAACGCGGUGCUAGGUUUGCGCCGGCCACGAUUAUUUAUAAGUAUAUUGGAAAGAAGAGUGACUAGGCUACGGUCUAACUUUUUCUUCCUAGCGGAGUUCAAUACGAAAAUAAAGGCGCUCCGCGUUGGGAAUGGCGUACGUAGUACGGGUGGUAUUUCCGGUAUAACUGAUCAGGGUUGUUCUGAAAGCAAGUCAAUUGGUGCUUUGGAAAGUGAGUGCCAGAGGCUAGUCACUGCUUGGUUUACAGAAGGGAAGGAAGAAAGAGAUACCGAAGCAGAUUCAGUAUAGAAAAGAAGAAAUUGAUACCAUUCAUUCCAGCUUAUUUGAUACCCACUUAAAGUUUCUAUCAAACCAUGUCUUUUUCUUCGAACGUCAAUCUCGUAGGAAUUUAGAUUGGAAGUGUGGUAUUGAAGGGCGAAGCCUUUACUCUUUUACUUGUUUCUUUGAAUAUAAUAUAACAUAGUAUUGACUACGCACUUCGAAAGAUAAUGGUGUAUUCCGAGGAUCAGUCCGUUUUUUAUUGAAUUCGCAAAUUGAUAGAUCUGGAUGAUUAAAAGAAUGAUUCUUCCCUGGGUAUUUCCCCGCUACCAUUAUGGAAAUUGGAGCUUUUCAAUUCCAUUUUGGAGAUGCUCGUAACGAUUUUUUUCUUUUGGGUGGGCAAGAAAAGGAUUUGACUCUUGAAGAUAUCAACUCAUACGCCUGCUCCAUACAUUAAAAAACAUUUUGGGUACUUUCUAUUAGAAUGGAUAAAUAGAAAUGGGUACAUUCCUCUUUCUCUUUCCUGGCCAAACUACCAAAAAAAAAGAAGAGAGAGAGCUGUAAGAGCGGUAAAAGCAAGCUCGGUGGCCCGGUUCACUACAGGUUGAUGUAUCC